AUUUUUUUAGGUAGAGACAGGUUUCAUCUUGUUGGUCAGGCUGGUCUCGAACCCCUGACCUCAUGGUCCACCCACUGCAGCCUCCCAAAGUGCUGGGAUUACAGGCAUGAGCCACCGCACCCAGCUAUGCAACUCUAAUUUUUUAAAUUUAAGACUCUCGGACCACUUUAACUAGGUUCUCUGCAUCUUGUCCUUUGUUAAUAAUUUUAGUGUUACUUUAAAAAAAUAUAAAGUUAGAUUGUUAUUGCUAGUAUUCUUUUUUUAAAAGAGUUUUUACAGUUAAUUUAUUGGCAUAUUUAAUCAGCAUCCAUGUUUGCCAUUGUGUCUUUCUUCCUAUGCCUUCUUUAUGAAUGUAGAUUGCCUCCUCAUUGAAAACACUCAAGAAAAUAAGAAAUAAUGGGUACUUUAACAUAAUAAAUUAUAUAUGCCUUAGUCCUAAAAUCCAUCAACUUACUUAAUAGCAAAAAGCUAGAGGUACUUCCACUAACAUCGGGAAUUCAAUGAGGAUAAGCACUUGAUCUACUACUAUUGAACAUUAAAUAGUGUUAAAAAUAUUAGCCAAUACAACUUGACAAGAAAAAUCAAUUAAAGGAAAAAGAAUUAGUAAAGAAGGAAUAACACUAUCUCUAUGUACAGAUAUAUAAAUAGAUAUGUGUGUGUGUAUCUGUCUCUUAGUUCUGCUUAUUGAAGAGGCCUAGAAUCAAUGAAACCCCACUACCAAUGAGCACACACAGUAUUAAGAGCUUGGUUUCUAAUAUUCUUCAAUAAAUAGAAUCAGAACUUAUUGAAAAAUAGCUGAUUCUAGAACUGGCGAUGGGAAAGUACAAGUGCGCCUGGAAUAUUUUGGAGCCAAAAAGUAAGAAAGUGCUCAAAAGAUGAUGGUAAUGACAAAAAGAAAACAGGAGCUAACUUGAAGUAGCUUUCAGACAGAUCUGGGAUAAUUUGAACAAACCAUGGCUGCCGCCGUCGCUGCUGCCAGUGCAGGGGAACCUCAGUCCCCGGACGAAUUGCUCCCGAAAGGCGAAGCAGAGAAGACUGAGGAGAAGCUGGAGGAGGACGACGACGAGGAGCUAGAUGAGACCCUGUCGGAGAGACUAUGGGGCCUGACAGAGAUGUUUCCGGAGAGGGUACGGUCUACGGCGGGAGCCACUUUUGAUCUCUCCCUCUUUGUGGCUCAAAAAAUGUACAGGUUUUCCAGGGCAGCCUUGUGGUUUGGGACCACUUCCUUUAUGAUCCUGGUUCUUCCCGUUGUCUUUGAAACUGAGAAGUUGCAAAUGGAGCAGCAGCAGCAACUGCAGCCGAGGCAGAUACUUCUAGGGCCUAACACAGGGCUCUCAGGAGGAAUGCCAGGGGCUCUACCUUCACUUCCUGGAAAGAUCUAGAUUGUUACUACUCUUUGAGCUGUCUUGGUGGGAGAAGUUUGAAAUUCAGUAGUGUUUGAACUGCUGAUUAUUUGGAUUUUUUUUUAAACUUUGGCACAUUGAUCUAUCUAAACCUGGUGGAGAGAAGUCUCCCCACAUUGUCACAUGGAAAGACUCAACUUGCAACUGUGCCCUCCAUGCUAUUCUGACUUGCUUCUGUCUUCACUCUGAUACCAGAGUGCAGCCAUGGAGACAGUUAUUCCAGCUCUGGCCACUCCACUCCUUUCACCAAAUUGCUCCUAACUGGAAGAUCUCACUUUCCCCUUGUGGGGUAGGAACCGAUGCCAGUGGGAGGGAUGUGCCCCUGACUAUUAACGACUUUUUUUUUUUUUAAAGAAUAGAGCUGUUGGGGAGGGACAUGCACACAAUGUGAAACAGACAAAAUGCAUUACACAUGUAGUAUAAAGUGGCCACUAUGAAUUCCUAUGUAUAAGAGGAGGGAGGCUGCAGUCACAAAAUGGGGACUAUGGAAGACAGGACAGGGGCUGAUUUUCUCUGCACAUUUUGGCUGUUAGACCUGGGUGUGUGGGUUUUAAAAACCAGAAGUGAGUGCUCACUUUUUAUAUUUAAAUAUUAAAAAUGAUUCCAACUGAAAAAAAAGGAAAAUAUUUUGCUUUCAUGUGUUUUGUGAUAUAUUAAUGUAUAAAAAGAUUAAUUCACAUAAAAGAUUAAUUACAAAGCACUUGAAUGAAAUGAACUCUAAUUAUGAUGAAAGCUGAACAUAACCACUUCAUUAGUAGGACAGUGAAAAACAAAACUGCACAGUGGAUAGAGUGUGUGGUUCCCAGUCACGUGACAAGUGAACAAAGGCAGGAAUACACUCCAUUUCAUGAAAGCACAGAAGCCUGUGGUCAGUGUCCAGCUAGGAGGCUGGUCACAGAGCAAUGGCAAUCUUAUGCAGUUCAGGAUGGGCCUAGUUGAACGCCAAAUGCCCUGAUUUAGCAAAAUUAUGUUUAGAGAUGCUCCCAAGUGUGCAUUUCAAAACACUGUGUUCAGGACAUGACUGGACUCGGUAGGUUUUGGGGUAUUUAUUUACCUCUGCUUUCUAACAGCUUCAUUUCACCCUUUUCUCGGCCACCUCUUCUUCUGCCUGCACUGACUUUCCCUAGUGGUCUAGCCUCAGCCCUCUUCUCACUCCAUGUGCCCUCCUUAGUUUGUUUUACUAAUUUCCAUAGUUUUGAGAACUAAGUAUAUGUUGAAUUUUUUCUAAUCCUAUCUCUGAACCCUCUUGUAAGUUCCCCUAGCUAUUACUGAUCACCAUCUUGAUACCUCUCUAUGAACUUUAUGUUUGUGUCCCCUUGAAAUACACGCGUUGAAGCCCAAUCCCCACUGUGAUGAUAUUUUUAGAUGGGACUUUGGGAGGUAAUUAGGUUUAGAUGAAGUGAUAAGGAUAGAGUCCCAUGUUGGGAUCAGUGUCCUUAUAAGAUGAAAGAGAGACACCAGAGUUCUUUCUACACCCUUUCCGCCACCCUGCACUCCUGCUUAUAGCCACACAGUGAGAAGGCAGCCAUCUGCAAGCCAGGAAGGGAACUCUCACCGGGAACUGAAUCUGCAAGUACCUUGAUCUUGGACUUCCCAGCCUCCAGAAGCAUGAGAAAUAAAUUCCUGUGGUUUAAGCCAUUCAGUCUAUGGUGUUCUGUUAAUGCAGACCAAGCUGACUGCCAACUUUGCAGGCACUUCAAACAAAAUGUCUAGAAAGGAGCUAUCAUCCUUCUGCAUUCCCCAUCCUGAUCUGUGGCAGCCCCAGCCACACAGAUCCGCAGGUCAGAAUCAGAUCUCUCUUGUUCUGGCCUCAUUGUUUCUUUCCUUUUUUUCUUCCAAUUUUAAAAAUUGAGAUAUAAUUCACAUUUGUAACAUUUCAUCUUUCUAAGGUGCAUACAUAGUUCAGUGGUUUUUAGCAUUUUCACAGAGUUGUACAUCUAUAACCAUCAUCAAUUCUAGAAUACUUUCAUGACCCCAGAAGGAGGAUCCGUAUCCCUUAGCCAUUCUUUCAAUUCCUCUGGCCCUCAGUGCUAAGCAACCACUAAUCAACUUUCUGUCUCUAUAGAUUUGCUAAUUCUAGACAUUUCACCCAAAAGACAUCCUCCAAUAUUUGGUCUUUUAUGAUUUUGCUUCCUUCAUUUAGCAUCACAUUUUUGAGGUUCAUCUGCAAAUGUUGUAACAUGCACCAGUACUUUUUUUUAUGGCUAAAAAUUAUGCCAUGAUCAUUUCUUGUCUGGAUACUUAUAUAAAUUCCUGACUUGUUCCUUUGUCCCCAGUCUUAUCCCCUCCAGUCCAUGGCCCCCACUGUUUCCAGAGGAAUCUGUAAGCAUAAAUCUGUUUAGGUCCUGCUUAAAAUCUCCCAGUGGCUUUCCACUGUUUGCAGAAGGAGGUCCAAACUCCUGGGCAUGGUGUACGACUCUUAGGGUGCCUUCACUGGCCUACCCAGCCUCUUUUCCUACCCCAUCCUUCUAUACUCAUGGCAUAGCUAGGGAUAUCAUUUUUUUUGUUCUUUCUGUAUUAACACCUCCUGUCUUUGCGGGUACACCUCCUCUGAUGGGAGUGUCCUUUCUCCUGGGCUCAGCCCAGCACACUCCUCUUCAUCCUUCCGUACUUAUAUGUCAUCUUCUCUUUGAGUUUCCAUCAGACAAUUCUGUUUGAGUAUGUGUCGCUUGCUAUAAUGAUUUAUAACACUUUAAUGAUUUAUUCUGAAUGAUUUAUGAAUAUCUGUGAACUUGAAUACAAGAGCUAAGUUUUGCUCCUCUCUCUAUCCCCAGGGCUUGAUGUAGAGCCUGGAAUACAGGUAGAACUUACUAAAUGUUUGUUGAAUAAAUAAAUGAUUAGAGAUAGAAAGAAGCAUAAUAUUUUGAACAUUCCUGUUAGUAGUUCACCAAAUAAUAAACAAUUUGAAAAUUUCUGUCUGAGCACAUGUGCAAUAACUGGGGCUACUACAUAUCAGACAGUUCUGGGAGGAAAAGAAGCAAAGCUGCCAUUAACGAGCAUAGAUAUUUUACUGCCUGGGAAUGGCUUCAUUUACUUAUCAAUAAUUCACUAGAUAACUGCUGACCACUCUAUUUCACUUGGACACUAAUAGCUCAAGGAUCUCAGUAAAUAACUGGUUUGCAGAAAGAAUCUCCUUUGGAAUUUCAAUGUGCAAGGUGCCUUUCACCCAUACUCAAUAAAUUCUGAUCAUGUGAUUUUUUUAGUAACUGAAGGCAUGAUCAAUAGAUGUAGGUAUCAAAGGGCUCUGUUGCCACACACUAAGCUUAAGAAGCCAAACAGAAUUCCUGCUUCUUAGGAAGUAGGCAGUUGAUGCUCACUGAAUUGAUCAAUGAAUGUACUUGUUCUGAUACUGACAUUAAUUCCAUGGUGUGUGUUUGAUGUUUUGGGGAAUGUAAUAAAAAAUCUCAGUGUUGUAGGGUUUGUGCUCUUUUUAAUUUAUAGCAACAGUAUGAGAAUAUCCUUCUGGAAUCCUGAAUUGAUAAUGGGAUUGUAAAAGUUAAUUUGACAAACAGGUUCACAAGGUCUGUGAUAUCAAAGGCAGAUCAUAGACUAUGUGCUGAAGCACAUAAGAAGCGUAAGUGAAGUAGUAUCUUAAACCAUCAAGAGUUAGUGAAAAUCAAGAUAAGCCAUCUACCCAAAUAUCUUGUCUCCUUUCCUCUGUGCCUUUCUCUUUCUAUUCCUGGGAAAUUACUUGAACUAGCUAGCUGACUCUUAGAAUACAAAUUCUGACUAGUAAAACACUAUAAAUUUCCUUUAAUCUGCUCCCCAAACCAACUCACUUCUCCCAAAUGUUUUCUUGGGUGAACCUGUGGAACCUGAAGGCUCAUAGGUAGCAAGAAACAGAAUAAAUUUCUAUAAGGAAUUUUGUUUUCAAUGUCCAAGCCAAGGAGCAAACCAUCAUCCACAUUACCAUGACAAUUAUUGCCUGACCAUAUAGCAUUAGGCCAUCUCAAAAUCCUAGUUCUUUGGCACAUGAAAAAUAGCAGUGGCACUCAAAUUCUGAAAAAUCGAAUCUUCCACAUACAAAAUCCCAAGAAAAGAAUUAUGAAGGAGUACCACUACACACUUAUUAAAAUAGCUAAAAUCUAAAACACCAACAACACUAAAUGCUGGUGAGGAGAUGGAGCAACAGAAACUGUCCUUUAUUGCUGGUGGAAACGCAAAAUGGCAUAGUCACCUUAGAAGACAGUGUGGCAAUUUACAAAAACACAUAUGCUUUUAUCAUAAGAUACAGCAAUUAUACUCAUUGGUAUUUACCCAAAUGAGUUGAAAGCUUAUAUCCACUCAAAAACCUGCCACUGAUAUUUAUAUCAGCUUUGUUCAUAAUUGCCAAAACUUGAAAGCCACCAAGAUGUCCUUCUGUAGGUGAAUAAAUAAAUAACUGUUAUACAUCUAGAAAAUGAAAUAUUAUUCAGAGCUAAAAUGAGAUGAGCUAUCAAGCCAUGAAAAGAUAUGAAGGAAAUUUAAAUGUGUAUUACUAAGAGAACAAAGCAAAUCUGAAAAGGCUACAUACUAUAUGAUUUCAACUAUAUAAUGUUCUGGAAAAGGCAAAACUAUGGAGACAGUAAAAACAUCAGUAGUUGCCAGGAAUUAGGGAGGAGGGAGAGAUGAAUUGUCUGGGCACAGAGGAUUUGUAAAACACUGAAACUAUUUUGUAUGAUGGUAUAAUCAUGGAUAUAUUGUCAUUAUUGUCAUUAUGCAUUUGUCAAAUCCCAUAGAAUGUACAAUACCAAGAGUGAACUCUGGUGUAAACUGUAGACUUUGAAUUAUAAUGAUGUGUCAAUGUAGAUUCAUCAAUUCUAAGAAAUGUACCACCUAGCAUAGAAUGCUAGAGUGAGGGAGGCUGCUGUGAGUUGGGGGUAGGGUGUGUGUGAGGGUAUUUGGGAACACUCUGUACUUUCUGCUCAAUUUUGUUCUGAAUGUAAAACUCCCCCAAAUAAUAAAGUCUAUUUAAAAAAUAAAAUACUCUUUGGAGGCACUGGAGAGUUACUAAAGGAUGACAGACAGUGGAAGGCAUAUGACCCUUAAAAGAAAACUGCACUGCAUGUGAGCUGUAUUUAUCUGGCUUUUGUCCUGAAAGUACUCUUCAGUAUGUGCAGCCCUUGAAGGACACAACUCGAGCUGGAAGUGGCUAUAAUGUAGAAUUGAAAAGUCAGAGGUUAGAGUUUGGGGAUGCCAGAGCAGCUGGAUAUUGAGGAAGGAAAUGCUAUAAAAGAGAAUCACAGAGGAUCAGGGGAGCCCCACCCAGAUCUACAUGUAAAUGCCUCUCAAAGGCUUGGCAGAUGUUCAACUGUGACUUAGUGGAAUGAGAUUCCAUUAAGCCCUAGGGAAAAUAAUCAGCUGGAAGGCUGAAAAGUUGAGCAGAGAUUUCUGCAGCUGCUUACUGCUGGGAAGACAGAAUUGGGAGUUAAUGUCCUCUCAAGUUAGAAGGAUUUGGUAAACAUCUAAGGCUGCCCAUUGACUCCAUAGAAGGGAUUUGCCUUACAAAUAAAGACUACAUCUCAGGAUUAAGAAAACCACCAUAGACUAGCGACAAAACCUAUAAAAUGACCCUAACAAAACUUAAACCAAACCUUUAAGAAACAGGUAACUAAUUCAUCAAUAAUUAUACUGUUAGAACAAAAUGUAAUGCUCUUCAGAGGAAUAUAACAGACUUUAGAGUUUCUAAAUUGUAUCAUACAUGGUAUUCCAAAUUCAAUUUUUAAAAUAUGCCAUACAUCGAGUGACACUGGAAAAUGUAAUCUAUAGACAAGAAGAAAAAACAGCCAGUAGCAACAGAUCAAGAGACAAGCCAGAUAUUGGAAUGAACAGAAAAGUCCUAUAAAAUCCUUAUAAUAAAUAUGGAAAAUAAUCUAGAGAAGCAUAGAGAUAUAAUGGCAGACAAGGUGAAAACGGCAAAAUUGAAGAAAAGAAAAACAAUGGAAAUCCUAGAAUUGAAAAGUACAAUAUCUGAAAUAACAAAUUCAUUGGAUGGGAUUAACACAGAUUGGACACAACAGGAGAGUAAACAUUAAGAUACAUCACUACAAAUUAUUGAAACUGAAGCCAAGAGGAAAUAGACUAAGAAAAAAAUGAGCAGAGCUUCAGUAACCUGUGGGAUGGAAUCAAAUGGUGCAGCAUACACAUAAGUGGGGCCCCAAAAGUAGAAGAGAGAAAAUAUGUCAGAAAAAAUAUUUGAAGAAAUAUUGGCCAAAAUAUUCAAAUUUUUACAGAAAAAAAACCAACAAAACAAAAAUUCUCAAACCACAGAAUCCAGGGGCUAAGCAAACCCCAAGAAAAACUGAAAUUAAAAAAAAUCAUUUGGAAACAAUAUCAAAUUGCUGAAAAUCCAUCCAGAGGGAAAAAAUUAUAAGAAAAGAAUCAUAAAAAUUAUCAUUCACUUUUCAUCAUAACAAUAGAAUCCAAGAAACAAUGGGAUGAUAUUGUCGAAGUGCUGAUAGAAAAGUCCACCUAGAAUUUAAAUUCAAUGGAAACAUCACUAAAAUACUAAGGCAAAAUAAGGGUCAUCAGAUAAAUUUUAGGAAAAAUUUGUCACUAGUAUAAAAGAAAUGCAUAAGAGUUCUUUAGAUAGAAGGAAUGAGUUCCAAUGUUCGAUAGCAUGGUAGGGCAACUAUAGUUAACAACAAUUUGU